GCGUGGGGGCGAGGUGGGGGUCAGUGCCCCGCCUUCUCGACUGCUCGCCCCCAGACCCAGGACUGGCCCCGUGCGCCCAGACCGCUGGCGCAGAGACCCCAGUCCUCGGACUUUGGCCGGAGCGGAAGUGCCGCUUCCUGGCCAGCCCUGGGAAAGAAGGCCCUGGGCACCUCAGGACCUCUCUCCCCGAGAGAGGAGGGGCUCCCCCUCCAGUUUUCCUUUGGCUCUGGAGGUGGCUCUCCAGCGCCCUCCACCUCCCCGCAGGGAUUUGGAAUCAGGAGACUGUGGAGCCCCAAGGAGGGAGGGGGCAGAAAGGCGGGGGCGACCGUGCGCGGAUGCGCCCGGCUCCAUCUGCGCCCCCCCCCACCCCCGCAGAGUCUUGUCCCUGUGGCCAGGGCCUGAGGCGGCUGACCUCCGAUCGGCAGCCUGGCAGCAGGACACUAGGAUUCGAUCCCAGCACAUCCGUGGACCCGAGUUUACUCGGCUGGUGAAGGAAAAAACUGGCCAUUCUCUCUUCCCCUUGACUUAAGGACGGGCUUUGGCUGUCUCCCCAGCUUUUUGGUGUAGCUGACCCUUGGCUGCACUCCGGCCUGGAGACGUCCCCUGUCCUCUCUCCUGGACCCCCUAGAGCAGUGUCUCCAUGGAGGUGCCUGUACUCUGGUGGGGACACGGCAUUGAGUCUGCACCCCUUUUGAGUGGGACAAGGGCCAGGGCCUCAGGACAGGGCCACCUGAGGAGCAGAGGUUCCGAGGUUCGGUCAUCCCCCAGCCUGGAUGCCAGAGAGGGUAGCGUUUGCCUGUACCUGCCCUUGGGGACCUUGAGCUGACUCAUGGCUGGCUGGCCUGAAGGUAGCCUUGACCCAGAGCUGUGUGUACCAUGUCUUCCACACUGUUCCCCACUGGCCUGGUGCCCUUUGAAGAUCUCUUCUCCAAACCCCCGAAUCCCAUGCUUGGCCCCAGCCUGACUCAAGGUCCACGUGUCUCAGACCAGGAGGGCUGCGGGAAGCUGACCUGCCCGCAGUUGGGCCAUGGGUUGGCCCUGAACACUCUACCCACUGGGCCUUCGCCUAGCCUCACCAGCUUUGGGGAUCUGGCCCAUGAGCCUUCAAGCCCCUGCCAGACCUCAGACUCUCCUCCUUUGGAGCUCAGCCCUGGCUGUAGCAGCUUGGAAGAUGUCAUCUGCAAACCUCCCAGCCCCAAUGGCCCCGUGGCCACAGAGACACUGUCCCCCCGCUGUUCUCCCCGCUGGGAUUUUGGGGACCUGUUUUGCAAACCUCCAAACCCCAUGCUUUCCCCCAGCAUGGCACUCUCAGGCACAGGAAGCGUGGCUUGUGAACCUCUGCUCCCAGUGCCACCUCCAGCCUUGCCAUCCUCUAGGCCUGCUCCUGGCCCCAGACCCAGGGCAGCAAGCCCAGGUGGUGCCGCCCGCAGGCCUGGACAGGAGGAAGCCAGGCCCAAGAAAUGUAGUGGCCAAGGUGGCAGCCCUUGGCCAGACAGCAAGAGGAGAGGCAAGAAGGCCGGGGCUUCUGCCGCCAAGGGGAAGCAGCCCCAGGAGGAGGACUUUGCCCAGCUCCUUGAGCAAUACCGACGGGAGAGGGAGGCCCCUGAGGCGGCCCCGGCACCCCAGCCUGUGGAGGGCGGGGCGAAGAAGGGAGCCAAGCGCGGCGCCGGGGCUGGGGGCGCCAGCCGGGCCAAGAAGAGGAAGCGGGUAGGGCCGGUGAAGGCCCAGGCCCCCAGGCGCCCAGCGGGCCCUCCCGCAGCCCCCCAGCGUGCCCCCGUGAGCCAGGAGUUUGUCCAGAAGAACACGGUGGCUCUGGGCUCGCAGAGGGUGUGCAAGUACUUCCUGGCUGGACGGUGUGUCCGUGGAGAGCAGUGCCGGCUGGACCACGGGGCCGAUGGCCUCAAGUUCCAGCAGCUGUGCAAGUUCUAUGUGCAGGGCUACUGUACACGGGGUGACCACUGCCGUUUCUUGCACGGCGAAUUCCCGUGUAAGUUUUUUCACACGGGCGCCAAGUGCUACCAGGGCGACCACUGCGGCUUCUCCCAUGCCCCUCUGACUCCUGAGACGGAGGGCCUGCUGCGGGCGGCCCUGGCGGGCCCGGCCCCCGCAGAGGCCGCCCCUCCUGCGGCCCCCUCCUGACCGCUGAGGGCCAGCUGAGAGUCUCGAACCCCGGCUCUUCUGUGUUUGGUAGAGAUGGGAAUUCUUUUCCUCUGGUAGUGUGUUUAUUCCCAACCGCCUGAGGAGUCUGGGACUUAAUAACAAAGGACAGCUUUGUAUCCAGUAAGACCUCCCUUGUUUGCUCAUAGGACUGAUCUCUGAAGGUGCCCUCCAGCCCAGCUGAAUGUUGUCUCUCCCUCCGCAAAUCACCACCGGCUACAUCGGACCUUCCCUUUUAGGGGCCCACACUUGGGGCUUCUGUCUUGGGCAGAUCAACACCAUUCUGCAAGGAUGUGAAGAAGGGAAGAGGCCUCCGGGGCUGAGGUCAUAGGACUCAUAGAUGUAACUGUGCUGGGUCCCUCACUUUUAUUUUUUAUUUUUUUAAACAUAUUUCCACAUUAGCCAUGUUGUGAAAGAAGAAUCAAAACAAAAGGGAA